GAAUCAGUUCUCGUGAUAUGGCAAAUUGAAACAGGUCAUACGCAAUUUCUUCCUCGCCUUGGAUAUGAGAUUCAAUCCAUCACAAUAAGUCCUGAUCAGGCCUUAUACGCAAUCAAUUUAUUGGAUAAUUCUAUAAAAAUAUUAUCUGCGGUGAAUUUGGAAAUAAAACAGGCCAUCCAAGGAUUAAAACAUGUCCUUAAUGGUCUUCCAGGAACUAUACAAUUCUAUAACCCUUAUGCGGAUCGGCAUGUAAUGGAACAUGAAGUAUCUCGGCGGACGAUGAUAUCAAAAGCGUUCGAAAAAGAUAUUGUUUAUCCUAAUGUCGAUUCUCGAGAAGAUGGUGAAACCACUCCAGAGUUAUAUUUAAAGUUUUGGCAGUUCGAUCCCAAUUCACAGACAUACGUUCUUAACACGCGUGUCGAUAAUCCUCAUUCUAAAGCAGUUGUAUCGUUAAAUUUUCAUCCUGGCACAAAUGAUACCUCCAUAAGCUUUGUUACUACAGGUUUAGAUAAUAAAUUCAAGGUGUGGGGGGUCAAUUCUGAGUCACAUAUGUCGCAGGUGCCUAAGGGUAUGUAUAAUUCAUUGCUUCAUUUCAUUAGAUACACAUAA